AUGGACAUGGCCAUCAAGAAUAAGCAAUUUACGCCUGCGCACUGCAAGCGACGGUGGAUAUCUGGAUUAGGCAAUGGAGGAGCGAUGGUAAGGGAAAAUAACAAAGGCAAUGAGUACAAGGAUUGCAUGAUGGAAAAGGUCGACCUCAGUGCGAUAGCAGGUCCCCAAGAUUUCAAAAUUAUUCGAGGUCAAGGCUUCGUGAGUGGAGCCGAUGCGACCGCAGACGGGUAUCGAUCAAAAACGGAGGUUCAGGCGGAGAACGUUAUCGCGUUUGAACGCACGACGGCCGCAAAGGAGGCAGUGCACGAGUACCGCACGCCGCGGCGACAGCGUCGUGCCUGGGAUUCGGCGCCGAAGAAGAUUAUGCGGCGUCCCCGGGGCAAGCAAGGUGGAUGCGUUGACGGCAGAGCACAACGGCAGGAUACUGAGAGAGGUGGGGACUCGAGGACUGCACCCGAUGUCCAUCUUCGUGGACAGCAGCAGCCCCGGUGGAUGAUGGUAAGAGGGUUGUUACAGACGCAGCUUGCGGACGGCGAGGUACAAGGGGAUGUACAGAAGACUGGUGCAGUGCGACUCGGGAAUUCGAUAGGCAGUGGGAUGAUGGGACUCGUGGGUGGCUGGGUGGUGGCAACGAAAUGUAUUCGGGAUUUGAUGUAUCGAUUAACAUUACCGGCGACAUGGGAGGGGUUUGCGCCGGCAGCGGAUUCACAUUUGGGAUAUCAAAGAUGGGUACGCGGGGAAGGACGAGAGGAUAGCGCAUCAGGAACACUAUAUGCAAUCGAAGUCAGGCGGGAGCUUGGAGCCGAUGAAGUGAACGAUGGGAGCGGUUGGGGACAGGAGAUGGGUGGGCAGGAUGUGGGUGCAUACGAGGAAGGCAAGUGGGAGCCGGAUGGUGAAGAACAGGACGAAGGUGCAUACGAGGGGGCAGGGCGUGCGUGGCAAGGACAAGAUAUAGAAGAGAACUCGGGGGUGCCGAGUGCGGCGUAUACGGGGAAGGGGUAA